GAGCUCAGUGAAAGGGCGGGAAAGGCGGUUGGAGAGGGAGGGGCGAGCGGUUACUCACUCCAUGGCUGCGGAAAGGAGAGGGGGCGACGGCGGCGGCGGCCUCGGGUGAACAGACGGUGGGAGCGGAGAGUGCAGGCGCGAAACCUCCCCAAGGUUGCAGACGCUGACGGAUUUGCCCCAGAGUCGGAGUAGCUGCCACCUGGAGAUUCCACAGCCAUGAGUGGGUUUAACUUUGGAGGCACCGGGGCCCCUGCUGGCGGCUUUACAUUUGGCACUGCGAAGACUGCGACGACCACACCUGCCGCUGGCUUUUCCUUCUCUACUUCCAGCACUGGAGGGUUUAAUUUUGGGACUCCCUCCCAGUCAGCAACAACCACCCCUUCCACUGGUCUCUUCUCACUCACCACGCAGGCCCCAACUACACAGACCCCAGGGUUCAGCUUUGGAACAACGCCUGCUUCUGGAGGAACUGGCUUCUCCCUGGGGAUCAGCACCCCAAAGCUCAGCCUGAGUAACACAGCUGCCACACCAGCCACAGCCAGCACUGGCAGCUUUGGCCUUGGCAGUAGCACCCUUACCAAUGCCAUCUCAAGUGCUGGGACCUCCAGCCAGGGGACGGCCCCUACUGGCUUUGUCUUUGGGUCCUCUACCACCUCUGCUCCGUCUACAGGCUCCACGGGGUUCUCAUUCACCAGUGGCAAUACAUCCCAGCCUGGAGCCUCCGGCUUCAGCAUUGGCUCUGUGGGUAGCUCAGCCCAGCCCACAGCACUGUCUGGCUCUCCCUUCACUCCAGCCACGCCGGCGACCACUACAGCAGGAGCAGCACAGCCAGCUGCUGCUGCGCCCACCGCUGCCGCCACCACUACAGGGUCCACACUCUUUGCUUCUAUAGCACCUGCUCCUGCCUCAUCCGGUGCUGCAGUGCUCUCCCUCUCAGCUCCAGUGACAACUGCAGCCACUCCUAGUGCCGGUACCCUGGGCUUCAGCCUCAAGGCCCCUGGGGCAGCUCCUGGCACCUCCACUACCAACACCACCUCUACCACCACCACCACCUCCACCACGACCACUGGCUUUGCUUUGAGCCUGAAACCCCUGGUGCCAACUGGCUCCAGCAGUGUAGCCACUACGGGGACUGCUCUACCUGGCUCCAGCACAGCAGCUGGGACUACCACAGGCCCCGCGAUGACCUACGCACAGCUGGAAAGCCUGAUCAACAAGUGGAGCCUAGAGCUGGAGGAUCAGGAGCGACACUUCCUGCAGCAGGCCACGCAGGUCAAUGCCUGGGACCGCACACUGAUUGAGAAUGGGGAGAAGAUCACCAGUCUGCACCGAGAGGUGGAGAAAGUGAAGCUGGAUCAGAAGCGCUUGGAUCAGGAGCUGGACUUCAUCCUAUCACAACAGAAGGAGCUGGAGGACCUGCUGAGCCCAUUGGAGGAGUCAGUGAAGGAGCAGAGUGGCACCAUCUACCUUCAGCAUGCGGACGAGGAGCGGGAGAAGACCUUCAAGCUGGCUGAGAAUAUCGAUGCACAGCUCAAGCGCAUGGCACAGGACCUCAAGGACAUCAUCGAGCACCUGAACAUGGCUGGUGGCCCUGCGGACACCAGUGACCCGCUGCAGCAAAUCUGCAAGAUCCUUAAUGCACACAUGGACUCCCUUCAGUGGGUGGACCAGAGCUCUGCCCUGCUGCAGAGGAGGGUGGAAGAGGCCAGCCGUGUAUGUGAGGGCCGCCGUAAGGAGCAGGAGCGCAGCCUGCGCAUUGCCUUCGACUAGUCCCGCAUGAAUAGGGGGAGCUCCUUGGGUUACAGGGCUGCGGGCUUUCUGUUGGGUGGUUGUGCUGUUUAGAGAAACAUUCUUUAACAGAAGUUGUGCAAAGUGUGGCGCUCAUUGUUGUAACCUGUGUUCUCUGGAGCCAAGCUUGAGUGUCACUGAGUUUUAGGCCAGUAUUUAAACAAAGGCAGGUGUUGAAUUCAAUGCUGCCUCAUGGCAGCUUCAGUUCAUCCACUGCAUGUGAGACAGAGUACUCUAAAGGAGAUAUUGGCCAAGAAACUUACCUGGGAUGGAGAUGUGGGUUUGAAAGCCCAAGGUUUCUGCACCUCUCCAACUCCCCAUCUAGCCCAUGUUCUCCAGAACCUCUGCCACACAACGCAGCGCCACCAAAGCACACUGAGCGAACGGCUGUUUUGCACUGGCUACCUCUCACCCCUAGAUUGUGAGCUUCUGUGGUAGGGUCUGUGCGUUUGGGGCCCAGAGUGACAGCAGAUUUGCCUCUGGACAUCCCAAUGUCAAAACCAUCUUAAUCACAGAUCCACAGUGUUGAAGACCAGCAGUCAUGUUUUGGUCUGUUUUAUUUCCCUGUGUUCUGCCAUAGCCUCUCUGGUCCCUGAUCAAAUGUUGCUUGUCUAAAUAAAAAAAAUUGUGAAAUCA